CUCAAAGUGCCAGGCAGCAUAAACCGGUAUUUGCGCGAGUACCAGCGAGAGGGUAUCCAAUUCCUUUUCCGGCAGUAUGCUCUCAAGCAGGGUGCCAUUCUGGCAGAUGACAUGGGCCUUGGCAAGACGGUGCAGACCAUCGGCUUUGUUGCUGCAAUUCUCGGCAAGACCGGCACAAGUGCUGACCUGCAGCCUGCCCCUGCUGAUGCCAAUUCCAGGCAGAAGCUGAUCCUUAUUGUGGCUCCCAGUUCUGUGCUGACAAACUGGCAACGAGAGUUCUCCACGUGGGGUGCCUUCCGUGUGGGCAUCUAUCAUGGAUCUGCUGAAAGCAGGGCAGCAGCUGUUCAAAGCAUCCUGCAUGGGACGGCAGAAAUCAUGCUCACAACUUAUGACACAUUCAGGAUCAACAUCGACCGACUGCAGGAGAUUGACUGGCAUGUUGCCAUAUUUGACGAGGCUCACAAACUCAAAAACAAGAGGGUGAGCACAAAGAACGACAAUAUCAGCACCUAUGGGGCAGCCACUUCCUUGCGCACAAAGCGUCGUUACGGGCUGACAGGCACUGCCAUGCAGAAUGACUAUCAAGAGCUGUGGUCCCUGCUGCACUGGGCAAAUCCGUUAAAGAUGGGAGCGUGGGAUCAGUUCCUGGAGCACUAUGUCAAUCCCAUGAAACAGGGCCAGAAACGUGACUGCACUGAUCUGCAGCUGGCCAAGGCUCAGAAGAGGCAGGUACAGCUGGACAAGCUGCUGAAGUGCUUCUUGCUGCGCCGCACAAAGGAGUCCACCAUCAAGGACCAGCUGCCCAAGAAGACCGACAACAUCGUCUUCUGCAAGCUUGCACCCCUGCAGAUGCGCGCCUACAGGCAAGCUCCCAACUUCCAGCUGCUGGUGCGAGCAGAGGAGACAUGCGACUGCGCCAGUGGUGAGAUGCGCGCCAAGUGCUGCUACACCGAAGCCUGCCCUGACCAGGGUGGCGUGCUGUGGCCCCACUUCCACCUCUGCACCUGCGACAACAUCUAUGACGAAUUUGACAAUCCAAAGUAUGGACGGCUGCGCUGCCCUUACUGCCUGGUGCUGCCCUGCCUCACCAUCCUGCAGAAGAUCGCCAACCACCUGGAACUCAUCAAGGUGGACCCAGCGGACAGGGCGGUGACAGAGGACGAGUGGGCGCUGCCGCGCGCGAGGGAGCUGGCGCAGAUGGUGUUUGGAGAGGACCUGGAGGCGGCCGGGGGGGACACCCUGGACCGGAAUUGGCUGCAUGUGUCCAGCAGCGCGCACUGCGGCAAGAUGGCCGCCCUCGAGCAGCUGCUGCAGCUCUGGUCCUCCGCCGGCAACAACAAGGUGCUGCUUUUUUCGCACAGCGUGAAAAUGUUAAAUAUUAUAGAGCAGCUGCUGGUGAGGGCCGGCUACAACUACGCGCGCCUGGACGGCUCCACCAAACGCGAGGAGCGGCAGGCCCUCUGCGACGGGUUCAACCAGUCCCCCUCAGUGUUCCUCUUCCUCAUCUCCACCACCGCCGGCGGCCUGGGCCUCAACCUCACCGCCGCCAACAAGGUGGUGAUCAUCGACCCGUCGUGGAAUCCCAGCCACGAUCUGCAGGCGCAGGACCGGGCCUUCCGGAUCGGCCAGCGCCGCGACGUCGCAGUCUAUCGCCUCAUCGCUGCAGGCAUGCAUUUUCAUACCCAGCGCACGCUGGAGGAGAUGAUUUAUACGCGCCAGGUGUACAAGCAGCAGCAGUCCGCUGUGGCCACUGAGGGCAGCAAGGAGACGCGCUACUUCUACGGUGUUCAGGGCGAUAAGGGGAACAAGGGGGAGCUGUUUGGCAUCACCAACCUGUUCAGGGAGACGGCCGACAAAGUCAACGCGCAUGACAUUUUUGACCAGGAGCGGCAGCCCACACGCUACCGCAUCCAGCAGUGCGACCCGGCAGACAUGGGUAACGCCCCUCUCUCCUUCAUGCAUGCAGAGUGUGUGUGCAUGCAACCGCCAUAA